AUCGGCUUGAGGAUGGAGCUCGACUCCUUGUAUGGAGCAUAUUUGUGCUCAGUGCACUGUGUUUGAGUACAAGCAGCUAAGCAACUAUUUUCUCGGCUGGGAUUGUUUUUCAUGAUUGUUAAAGCACAAGUAUCUCCUAAAUCAUGAGUGACAUCUACGAGUCUGCAGCCAAUUCUCUGGGCCUCUUCAACAGCCCCUGCCUGACCAAAGUGGAGCUACGUGUAGCCUGCAAAGGCAUCUUAGACAGGGAUGCGCUCUCCAAGCCUGAUCCAUGCGUGGUCAUCAAAAUGCAGUCCCACGGCCAGUGGCUAGAGGUGGAUAGGACAGAGGUGAUUCGGAGCUGCAUAAACCCCACAUUCUCCAAAGUCUUCACCCUAGACUUCUAUUUUGAGGAGGUCCAGAGACUACGUUUCGAGCUCUAUGACAUCAGCAGCAAUCAUAAUGGCAUGAGAGAGGCAGACUGCCUGGGAGCCAUGGAGUGCACACUCGGCCAAAUUCUCUCCCAGAGAAAAUUCUCCAAAGCCCUUCUUAAACAGGGCAACACAGUCGGGAAGUCAUCGAUUAUGAUCACUGCCGAAGAGCUUACGGGAAAUAACGAUUAUGUCGAACUCUCCUUCAGUGCCAGAAAGCUUGAUGAUAAGGAUUUUUUCAGCAAAUCAGAUCCGUUCUUAGAGAUCUACAGAGUAAAUGAUGACAACACCCAGCAGCUAGUGCACAGAACAGAGACCAUCAUGAAUAACCUCAACCCCGCUUGGAAGACUUUCAAAACGUCUCUGAACUCACUCUGUAGUGGAGACCAUGAAAGAAUACUGAAGUGUACGGUGUGGGACUGGGAUUCGAACGGAAAGCACGAUUUUAUUGGUGAAUUUCAAGCUACGUUCAAAGAGAUGCGGUCAGCGAUGGAUGGCAGACAGGUCCAGUGGGAAUGUUUAAACCCCAAAUAUAAAGCCAAGAAGAAGAAUUACAAGAACUCUGGGAUCGUCAUUCUGAAUCAAUGCAAGAUAAUUAAGAUGCAUUCCUUUCUGGACUACAUUAUGGGUGGUUGCCAAAUACAGUUUACAGUAGCUAUUGAUUUCACGGCUUCUAAUGGGGAUCCGAGGAACAGUUGUUCAUUACACUACAUCCACCCCUACCAGCCAAAUGAGUAUCUAAAAGCUUUAGUCGCAGUGGGGGAGAUUUGCCAAGACUAUGACAGUGACAAAAUGUUCCCCGCAUUUGGCUUUGGUGCUCGGAUACCUCCAGACUUCAAGGUUUCACAUGACUUUGCUGUAAACUUUAAUGAGGACAACCCUGAAUGUGCAGGUAUUCAGGGUGUGGUAGAGGCCUACCAGAACUGCCUUCCCAAGAUUCAGUUGUACGGUCCCACAAACAUUGCCCCUAUCAUCCAGAAAGUGGCCAACUUUGCCUCGGAGGAAAUGCACACCAAAGAGGCCAUGCAAUACUUCAUUCUGCUCAUCUUGACGGACGGUGUCAUCACAGAUAUGUCAGACACAAGAGAGGCCAUCGUCCACGCCUCUCACCUGCCUAUGUCUGUCAUAAUCGUUGGUGUAGGAAGUGCUGAUUUCACUGACAUGGAGAUGCUAGACGGUGAUGACGGAAUCCUCCGUUCGCCUAAAGGAGAGCCAGUGCUACGCGACAUCGUACAGUUUGUACCAUUCCGUAACUUCAAACAUGCUUCACCCGCUGCUUUGGCUAAAAGUGUCUUAGCUGAGGUCCCGAACCAGGUGGUGGACUAUUACAACAGCAAGGGGAUCAAGCCAAAGUGCCCCAGCGAGUAUGAGUCUUCCAGAACGUUUGGUCACUGAAGCGUUGAACCCAACACGAGCCUUUGCUCCUAAUGAAAUCUAGUAUGUUUCUGUGAAUUUUACAACUUAUCUGUUCUACUUUAUUUUGUUUGCAUGCGUAGCCUGUGAGGCUUGCAUAG